AUGAGAUCAACGGUGUUGUUUUUGGCUUCGGCCAGUUUGGCUAGCGCCUUCUUGUUCCCCGCGCCCAUUGUUCAACAACAGCCACCCGUGUCGGCUUAUAAGGCCGAGCCAAGCGGAUAUGAUGCGCCUGAACCUGUUCCAGAAACCACCACUGUUGCUGCAUCAACUUUGCCUCCUCUUAUGGCUGUAGCUUGGUACGGUUAUUUUAAUUUGUAAUUUUAAUAAAAUUUUUUUUUAUUUUUGAUAAUCUACCCCCAAAAAUUUAACCCAACUUUUUUAGCCUCCCACCCCCACCCCCACCACCAGCCCCAAUUCACUUCGAAUGGCCACAAGCCCCAGCCUACGCUUUACCACCAGCCGCUCCACUCCCAACCUUCCCACCCCUACCACCACCACAGCCUCUCCCAACUCUCCCACCACCACAGCCAAUCCCAACCUUGGCUCCAUUUACCUUCCCUCCACCACCACCCCCACCAAAGUUUGAGGAGCUGUUCCCACCACCAGCUGCACCAAUCGCCCCAUACGCUCAACCAAGCAGCUACGCAGCCGCUCCACCAGCUUAUGAGGAAGCCUCAGCCGCUCCAGCCAAGUAUGACGAAGCGCCUGAGCCAGCUAGAGCCGAGCCUGAGACUCAGGGAUAUUAA